UAAUGUGAAGACAACCCGUGGAAAACCGACCACAAAAAGGUCAAAAACGUCAUCCUCCAACGAACCACAAAGUCAAGGUUCGGAUGUACGUUUCGAGUUUGAUUUAAAUGACAUGACCAAGGAUGAGUCGGCGUUCCCGGAGCGCUCGUGCGGGAGAGACGUGGCUAAGAAAGCCGCUCAUGGAGGGUCGUCGAGUUCUUCCGGCAAGGGAAAAGCGGUGGCUAGGUACUCGGAGACGUUUGAUAAUCUCUCAAAGAAGUUGGAUGGUUUGUUUGAGGCGAGUAGGGAGCGGAUCAAUUUGGGCAAGCAAAAGGUGGAGAUUGGACGAAAAAGACUUGAAUCAAAGAAUACUCAACUCAAGCUAGCACAGUUGAAAGUGUUGAGCACCGACUAUGGUUAUCUUAAUGAAGAAGAUAGAUCAAUCAUGGAGAAGGCGAAAGAAGAAUAUAGGGAGAAGUAUCGUUAG